AUGGAUAAUGAGAAAGAUAUGGAAAAGCAAACAUACGCUGAUUUCUCAUUAAAACUUCCAUCAAAUGGAGAAUCUUCAUUUGAAGAUGAUGCGGCUGUUGAUAUUGCGAUUGUUGAUGGUGUUGAUGAUGAUGAUGAUGAUUAUUUUGAUGGUGAUGAUGAUGAUUAUGAUGGUGAAGAAGAAGAUGAUGAUAAUGAAGAUGAUGAUAAUGAAAUUAGUGAUAAUGAUAAUUAUGAUAAAGAUAAUGAUAAUGAUGAUAAUGAUAGUAAUGGCAAUAAUAACGAUGGCAAUGAUGAUGAUGACGAUGAUGAUUUAUUUACGAGAUCGAAGGGGAAAGACAGAGUUAAAACUAGAGAUUUAUCAAUAAUCAUCUGUUAA